AUGGAUCGUGUCCGCAAUUUUGUGCAACCUGAGCAAUUUACACGUGAUCGAAUAUUAAUAUGCUCACUGGCACUUCGAAUAACAUUAGUUCUUUAUUCACACAUUCAUGACUAUAUCUUCAAGGUUAAUUUCACUGAUAUCGAUUAUCUAGUAUUUUCGGACGCUGCCAAACAUGUCUAUGAAGGAAGAAGUCCGUUUGAUAGGGAGACAUAUAGAUACACACCAGCCCUUGCAUGGUUUCUUCUUCCCGUCGUGAAUUUUCCUGAUUUCGGCAAGAUUUUGUUUUGUGUUUGUGACAUUGUUGUGGCGAUGUUGUACUUCAAAAUCAUGGAGAAAGAGACGAACAUGCUUACCGACAAAAGAGAAAAGAAAUCGCUCGAAAGCAUCCAGACAACAAAUGUCGUUUGUUUUUGGCUAUUAAACCCGUUAUGUGCCGUUAUUUCGGCUAGAGGAAACGCUGAAUCGAUUGUAUCCAUGUUCGUUCUUCUCAACAUUCUUCUACUCCAGAACGGAAAAUGGAUUUUGGCUGCUGUCGUUCACGGGGCUCUCGCAAUUCAUUUCAAAAUCUAUCCGAUCAUCUAUCUUCCAUCGGUGUUCUUGUAUCUUUCUUCUGUGUCGCUGCAAACUACUUUUACUGACAAAGUUAAAGCGUUCUUUACAAACUGGAAGGGAUAUGCCUAUGUUUUGAUAACUCUUGGAUCGUUCGCUGCCAUCGUUAUAUUUUUCUACAAUAUCUAUGGCGAAGUAUUUCUUGAUGAAUUCCUGCUUUAUCAUGUCAAACGAAGAGAUAUCAAACACAAUUUUUCGCCAUAUUUCUUCAUUCUUUAUUUAGCCAAUAAUGAUGAGUUCAAAUCCAAGCUUAUUGGAUAUUUCGCAUUUAUUCCACAGAUUUUGAUCACUGUGGCCAACGCUUUUAGACAUUAUGAUGAUCUUCCUUUCUGCUGGUUUGUAACUACAUGGGCUUUUGUUUCUUCAAAUAAGGUAUGUACUAGUCAAUAUUUUGUUUGGUAUUUGGUGCUGCUCCCGCUAGUUGCUCAUAAUAUUAAGAUGUCAUCAAGCCGAGCUUUUUCGCUCAUCGCCGCCUGGUUCGCUUCUCAAGGAUUAUGGCUGUUAUUUGCUUAUUUAUUCGAGUUCGAAGGAUGGGACACAUUUGUCGAAAUGUUUGCCGCUUCUUGUUUAUUCCUUCUUGUAAAUACAGUUUGCGUCUCGCAAAUUACCAAGUCAUAUAUGGUAUUUUAUCUGAUUGGUUUGGGUCUUGGAGAUAUUGAAGACAUCACUGUAAAGGGUUUGAACAUUGUCAAGAAAUGCAAAAGGGUUCAUCUAGAAGCCUAUACAAGCAUUUUGUGCUAUGGAUUGGACAAGUCGAACUUGGAAAAAUUCUACGGUCGAGAAGUGAUUGAAGCGGAUCGGACAGUUGUUGAACAACAAUCAGAUGAGAUUCUCGAUGGCGCUGACACGGAUGAUGUUGCUCUUCUUGUUGUCGGAGAUCCAUUUGGAGCCACUACACAUGCUGAUCUCGUUCUUCGAGCCAAGCAAAAGAAUAUCCCGGUUCGUGUCAUCCACAAUGCUUCGAUUAUGAAUUCUGUCGGAUGCUGCGGCCUACAAUUGUAUAAUUUCGGAGAAACUGUUUCGAUUGUGAUGUGGAACGAAGGAUGUCAACCAGAGAGCUACUAUGAUAAGAUUGCAUUGAACAAGAAGCGUGGAAUGCAUACGCUGUGCUUGUUAGAUAUUAAAACAAAGGAACAAAGUGUGGAGAAUAUGAUGAGAGGUCGAAAAAUCUAUGAGCCGGCUCGCUACCUGACAUGCUCUGAAGCUGCAUCCCAAUUAUUGGAGAUUUGCAAGCGGCGACAAGCGCGAGGAGAGGAAUGCGCUUAUGACGAGAACACUAUGGUUGUCGGGCUUGCUCGAGUUGGAUGGAAUGACCAAAAGAUUGUGUACGCGAGUAUGAAGGAAAUGGUAAGCAUUGACAUGGGACCACCAUUGCAUUCGAUGAUAAUUCCCGGUGAAACACAUCCACUCGAAAUUGACAUGCUCGAAACGUUCCGUAAUUGA